CCUCACAGAGCAGAGGAGACGCACGCCGAGUGUUUGAACUUCCAAAUUCCAGACGUUUCCACUGAAGAAGGACGACGACAGCGGCACUGGGAACACUGGGAGCACUGAGAACACUUCUGGUGCCGGUAAUGUUCUGUAUCUGCUGCUGUUAGUGGGCAGGAAACGCGAGGCUGCAAAAGUGAAAGUAACUCUGCGCAGAUAAUAUGGCUUCUAAGUCAGAGGGAAAUCUCUCUUGUCCCAUCUGCCAGAACGUUUCUAAAGAUCCAGCCGUGCUGUCGUGUAACCACAGCUUCUGUAGAGACUGUUUACGCAGCUACUGGGCAGAAAAACAUGAGCCGAUCUGUCCAGUCUGCAAGAGAAGGUCUUCCAAAGAGAUGCCUGACGUCCACUUUGCAUCAGAGAAGAGCCAAGAGAGCGCCAAGUCCGACCCGAUCUGUGAUCUGCACUCUGAGGAACUCCGCUUCUUCUGCGUGGACGACCAGCAGCUUUUAUGCAGCGUCUGUAGAGAAACCCACCACGACCACGCGCUCAAACCGACCGACGAAGCAGCUCAGGAGCUCAAGGAGACACUCAAGGCCUCCUUAAAGCCUCUGCAGAUGAAGCUGAGGCUCAUCCACCAGGUGACGGGGAGCUGUGGUCAAACGGCAGAGCACAUUAAAGGUCAGACGGAAAGCACCGUCAAGAGAAUCAAGGAGGAGUUCAGGAGGCUUCACCGCUUCCUGGAGGAGGAAGAGGAGGCCAGGCUGGCUGCUCUGAGGGAGGAGGAGGAGCAGAAGAGUCGGGUGAUGAAGGAGCAGAUCGAGGCUUUGAGUAAAGACAUGUCGGCUCUUUCGGAAACUGUCAGAGCCACAAAGAAGCAGCUGACAGCUGGAGAUGUUUCCUUCCUGCAGAGCUACGAGGCCUCAGCCGAGACAGUCCAGCAGCAGCAUCUGCCCGAUGAUCCACAGCUGCCGUCUGGAGCUCUGAUCGACGAGGCCAAACAUCUGGGCAACCUGAGCUUCAACGUGUGGGACAAGAUGAAGGCCAUGGUCUCCUACAGUCCUGUGAUUCUGGACCCAAACACCGCUCACCCAGACCUCGUCCUGACUGGAGAUCUCACUGGUCUGAGGCAGGUGAAGGAGCAGCAGGAGCUUCCCGACAACCCGGAGAGGAUCGACCACUUCGUCUCGGUCGUCGGCUCCGAGGGCUUCGACUCGGGCUCCCACAGCUGGGAGGUGCAGGUGGGAGACAACUCAGCCUUCGUUCUGGGCGUUUUAACCGACUCCAACCAGAGGAAGGGGAUCAUCUGGCCCGGACUGUGGAGGCUGAUGUUCUGCGGAGGAGAAUAUAAAACUCUGUCGCCGCUCGACACGGGGUCGGACGUGAAGGUGGCGAAGAACCCGGAGAGGAUCCGAGUGCAGCUGGACUGGGACGAGGGGCGGCUUUCGUUCUUUGACUCGGACACGAAUGAACACAUUCACACCUUCAACCACGCUUUCGCCGAAAAGCUGUUUCCGUAUUUCAGCACCUGGAGUCCCGUCCCGAUUAAGAUCACAGCGCUGAAGGUUUCUGUAACAGCAGAACCGUAAAAACCAGAGAAAGAACAUCAGAAAGCCUUUAUUGUCGUUGCACAGUGCUUCUAAGAUGUUUCAGUGUUGAAUCAUUGUCAGCUUGAUUUGGCUUUUUUGACUAGACUUGUGUCUCUGGUAUCAAAGUGAAAAUGGGUUUCGAAAGUGUCACACAGUUCGUCAGGAGGGAGUCGUAGCUUCCUGCUGACCUCUCAGACGAGUCGCUGUCUUGCACAGUCACUCAGUUUUCAAGGAAGUCCUGCUCUAAGUAUUUUAAACUGAUUAUUCAUAUAAAAUGCUUUGGCUAAAGUGUCCACUUCCUUUAAAGCGACUCACUUAUUUCAACACAGCUGGCGGUAGGCCGGUGUGGUUAGUGUGAGGCGCUGCGAGCUCUGCAUACAGCGAAGUGCAAAUAAUAAAACUCAGAAACGCAGAAUGUUAAAAAAAUCCAGCGAUAUAUUUAGGUAACGUAAAGUUGCACCAGAGUGCAGAGUUUAAUAUUUAGCAGCACGAAACAUGGUAUUGCACAUCAGUAAAUAACACAUUAAGAGAAA